AUGUCGGUACCUUCCGUUGGCGCAGCGGCAACCAGUUUCGAUAGAAUGGCAAUCGACCCCUGUCGCUUGUGUCUGGUUGAAGCGUCUCAAAGCUUCCUGGUAACUUGUUUCGCCCUCAGCAACCGUCGGGAGCUAAUCUUGAUCAGGGAUCGGCCACAGCUUACACAGUCCAUUCCCAUUGCUGGAUGGAUUCUUUUUUUGGCUUCGGGCUGCGCUGUUAGAGGCAAGGAUCGAUCUCCGGCCGAUGAAACCCACAGGGGAAUCGGCAUGCGGCCAAUCGUAUCUGAGCACUCGGAUGCUGCCCACGCGAAAUUCGAGCGAGCGCGGGGCGACACCGACCGAAAUCUCGUUUAG